AUGUCUAAAACUACAUUUUCCAAGAUCGGCAUAGUCGGCGCCGGCUCCAUGGGUAGUAACAUGGCGCUCCUCUUUGCCGACCAUGACUUUCAGGUUUCAAUCUUCGACGUCAACUCCUCCAACAUUGACGAAACUCUCCCACAUCUCAAAAAACAGAAGAACAGUCAAAAUAUUUCCGGCUACAAAGACUACGACAAAUUCGUGUCCUCCCUUGGUAGCAACAACGAACCCAAGCUGUUCCUUUUCAGCAUCACUCACGGCUCCCCGGCCGACGAGGUCCUCAAGUCCCUCUCGCCAUACCUGAAAAAGGGAGAUAUCAUACUUGAUGGCGGUAACGAGUGGUAUCUCAACUCUGAACGCCGUCAGAGAGAGAUGAAGGAGAAAGGGGUGGGUUAUAUCGGCAUGGGCGUGUCUGGGGGCUACCAGUCUGCGAGACGUGGACCAAGUAUCAGCCCAGGUGGUGAAGAGGAUGUACUGGAGAAGGUCAUGCCGGUACUAGAGAAGGUUGCAGCACAGUGGAAGGGCAAGCCAUGUGUUACGAGGAUCGGCCCUGGAGGAAGUGGGCAUUACGUCAAGAUGGUUCAUAAUGGCAUUGAGCAAGGGAUGCUAGGCGUACUGAAUGAGGCAUGGGAGUUACUGUUCAAAUGUUUAUCUACGAACCUGGACGAGCUCGCAAAGAUAUUUGAGGGAUGGAAUGAGGCGGGUGAGCUGAAAAACACCUUCCUCGUCCGAAUCGGCGCUGAGAUCUGCGCCCGUAAGAAGCCCACAGGCACCGGCCACCUCCUCAACGACAUUCAAGACAAGGUCGUCCAAGAUGCCGACAACAGCGAAGGCACCGGUGUUUGGAGCGUGCAAGAGGCUGCACUUCGCCACGUUUCCGCACCCACCAUCACAUCCGCUCACUUCUACCGGAUUGCAUCCGCAGCACGCGGGGAACGGCUCCAGUUCUUCGACAUGAUUGGCGGUGCAGCUGCGGCAAAGAAGCAGCAUUUGGAGAAGAAUGAGGAGCGGGCUGAGUUUAUUGAGGAUCUGAGGGAGGCGGUGUAUUGUGCGUUCCUGGCGAGUUAUUGCCAGGGGAUGAAUCUGAUCGCGAGGACGAGCAAGGAUGAGGGCUGGGGUGUGAAGCUGAAGGAGUGUAUUAGGAUCUGGAGAGCUGGUUGUAUCAUUGAGAGCGAGUAUAUCGCCGAUCUUCUCGAGGAUGUGUUUGAAAAAGACAAAGGGAUCAUGAAUGUGCUGUUGGCCGAGAAGAUUGCGUCAGAGAUCCAAAGGACCAUGCCGGCGUUGAAAAAGGUUGUCUUGAGAGCCACUGAAUGGGACGCACAUAUCCCGUGCAUGAGUGCUAGUUUGGAGUAUUUCAAGUACUGUGCGGGGAAACACUUACCAGCGAUGUUUAUGGAGGCCCAGUUGGAUUAUUUUGGUGCUCACUCGUAUGACUUGAAGUCUGAAGGGGCUGGAGAGGUAAAGAAAGGUUCCCACCACACUGAAUGGCAGCCUGCCUAA